AUGACAAGUGUAGUAAGCCUGCAAUUGGACGGAAACGAUCUUAACGAACAGAUAACAAAACUUUUUCCAAAGUGUCGACCCCGUGACCUUAAUCUCAAUCCUGUUCAUGAUGACCACUUGGACAAUAAUGCGUUCAUAAUGGAUUUGGAUAAAGAAAUCACCAGGUGCGGCAAUGAAAAAAGUGAAGAAGUUCAAGAAGAAGACGAUGAAGAAAAUGGAAGUCAAGAUAAUGAUUCUACUUCAAAUGAGGAAGUAGAUUUUACUAAUGAAGAUUUAGUUGUGGAUCAUGCUUAUUCGGGUUCGGAGGGUCAGGUCAUUGUUUUACAAAGCAGUAAAGGAGCUACUUAUAAGCUUAGAGAUUCAAGAAUUAUUGAAAUAGCCGGAGGACGAGAAUUGUUUUCCCAAAGUCGUACGAAAGCUCUUAGAAGUAAACUAAGAAAUGAACCCGUGUCGGGGAUUUUAGAAAAGGGAUCGUAUAAAAACAAGGGAAUAGUAAAUAAAAACAUUUGGGAUUCGGAUAGUUUGAAAGGAAACAAUCGUGAAAUCACGGAAACUGUUUUCUCAACGGAAAUCCAUUCAGUUAAACAUCAGCGGUCUUCCAAUCUUCCUGUAACGUUAUCCUAUAAUGAACUAGGGGCAAAUAGUUUAAAUAGUAUAGGAGGAGCCGGAGGGAGUGAAGUUGUUGUUUUCGAUGAUAUCGGAGACGAUAAUUCGUGGCGUAAAAAGGGAGAAGAAGAAAGGAAAGGAUUGAAUAAAGGAAAGGAAAGCGUGAGCUCAAGUCCAAGCCCUCCGAGUUAUCACAGGACUCCUUCGGAUUUUUUCAAAGUUGCAAACACGUCAACAAAUGAUAUGAGAAAUAAAUCUUCGUUGGAUUUGGAACAUAAUAAAAGCCCAAAAGUAAUUGGGGGGCUUCCCAUAGCUGAAUACGAUGGAUCACCCAGGCGGUAUUGGCCGAGACAUUCGGAUGCAUCACAAAAUGCCAUUCAUCCUCCCUUGCCCAGUGCCCAUAGUCUUUUGGCUUCACCUAGUGUUUGCCCACCAAGGCCAGGUUUCCCACAAAGAAUCGUUACCAUAACCAAUAAUACACCUGAGCAAACAUCAGGUAAUAAACAAGGAAGCACCUCAGCUAGUCCCAACCAAUCUACAACUGGUAAUCCUAAUUUUGAUUACCUGUAUGAAUUCUCAGAAACGAGAAAAGUUUUAGAAGAAUUUUUUAAACAAACGGACAAUUCUGGAUCGCACAAUAUUCAAGAUUUCGACGAGUUGGGGUAUGAACUUCGACGUCAGGCUGGUCGAGGUAGCGCUUAUGUUGGCUUGAGACUUGCCAAAAAUUUAGUACAAGAAACUUCACAAAAACCUCAAAAAACUUGUAAUUCUGGAUUGACAGAGCAGCAGCACCAAACGGAAAAUUCAAGGGAACAAGACAUCACUGAACAUGAUUGUAAUUUCCUUGAUUUGUCCGCUGACUCUGCAUCUACCGAAGAUUUGGGCGACACCGAAGUAGGUCUUCAAGUUGGACACAGUAGGAAUUUUACUUUAUCACCUGAAACGACGGAUUGCGAUUCUAACUGCGGAGAUUUGGACAGCGAAGUGUCACUUUUAUUGGUAGAUAAUAAUAUGGCGGAACAACCAUUGAAAAUAGUAAUUUUUUUUUUUUUAACCGAUUCUUUUGAAAAAGGUCACGCAGACCAAAACGACGAAGGAGGUAAUAUGCAAAUAACUGAUUCACUUCGAGUUUAUUCAUCUAUGCCCAUUUUGGAAGAUGGAUUAUCAUCGGGUCACGCGAGCGACACCGAUAACAACAAUCCGACGGUGGUCCUUAUGAAAAGACAAAUAACGGAAAUCGAAAAGGAAAUAAUACAAAAACAAAAUAAAAAAUCGAAUCAAACGGUUCACGUCGUGAACGGUUCUUCCAAAACUUCCGAUUCAGUUUCGCCGGUUCAUAAACAACAAAUGGAUAAAAAUUCAAUAAGUGAAGAUAAGCUCAUUUUAAAUUACAAAAACAAUAACAAGCAGAAUACGACGAGUAGAGAUGUUUAUGAAAACGAUCCCGAAAUCGAAGCAUUGGAUCCUCUCAAUGCGUCACAAGUUACUCCGCCACCUCCGGCACCGGCUCCACACAGAAGUUUAUGCAUAGAUACUCAUUCACAGGAAUCCGUUGAAGCUGCCAUUAAAGACAUUCGGCUUACUUUACAGAGAACGAAAACGCUUCCCUUAAAGUCGCCCAAUUCGGACGAGCCAAACGAAUCGUCUAAUAGUCCGAUUUGGGUUCCCCGUUGUAAAGUGAGAGAUUCAGGCACAUACGAGUCAAGAAAAUCUAGAAAUGGAAGCGAAGAAGGAAUAGAAGAUGAGGAAGCUGAUACAGAUUUGGAAACUGAUAGGCUAUUAGGUCAACAAAGAACUGAUGAUCAUGGUUUUUACGAUGAUAAAUUGGGAUGGAAAAAACCUAAAUCCAGAACUGUCAUGCCUUCUUCACUAAUAAAUUCAAAUAAAAUGUCUUCUUCUACUCCUUUAAAAUCGACCGCAUCAAACGUGGUCGUACCGGUGGUGGCGGCGGCGUCGGCGUCGGCGGCGGCAACUUCUCUUGAUUCUUUACCUAAAAUAUCAAUACCACCUGAGGUUUCAACGAUACCUCCAUCUAAUGGUGGGUUAGUAGAAUCACCAUUGGAUAUAUCAUCUUCACCCGUUAAAGACAAUGGAGUUACAACUUCAUUACCAACGAAAACGAAAAAGGAUAAAGAUGGAAGCAAAAAAAGAGGAAGAAAUAAAGAAGUUCUUAUACACGAACCGUCAGUUCUCAUCGAAGGAGUUUUAUUUCGAGCUCGGUAUUUGGGUUCGACGCAAUUGGUUUGCGAAGGACAACCAACAAAAUCUACCAGAAUGAUGCAAGCAGAAGAAGCUGUGUCCAGAAUCAAGGCACCCGAAGGAGAAUCUCAACCUAGUACGGAAGUCGAUUUAUUUAUUUCGACGGAAAAAAUAAUGGUUUUGAAUACGGAUUUAAAGGAAAUAAUGAUGGACCACGCAUUGAGAACGAUUUCGUACAUUGCCGACAUUGGUGAUCUCGUAGUUUUAAUGGCGAGGAGACGAUACGUACCCCACGACGUUGAGGAAUCGUCGAAAAUGACGAGGACUCCGAAAAUGAUUUGUCACGUUUUUGAGAGCGAAGAAGCCCAAUUUAUUGCUCAGUCAAUCGGUCAAGCUUUUCAAGUUGCUUACAUGGAAUUUUUAAAAGCAAACGGAAUCGAAGAUCACAGUUUCGUCAAAGAAAUGGAUUAUCAAGAAGUUUUGAAUUCGCAAGAAAUAUUCGGCGACGAAUUGCAAAUGUUUGCUAAAAAAGAAAUGCAAAAAGAGGUGGUAGUUCCUAAAGCCAAAGGCGAAAUAUUAGGCGUCGUGAUCGUUGAAUCCGGUUGGGGGUCUAUGCUUCCGACUGUCGUCAUUGCCAAUUUAGCUCCUUCUGGUGCAGCUGCCAGAUGCGGUCAGUUAAACAUCGGCGAUCAAAUAAUAGCAAUCAACGGUAUAAGUUUAGUCGGGCUUCCAUUAUCCACGUGUCAGACGUACAUUAAGAAUACUAAAAAUCAAACGGUAGUUAAAUUAACCGUCGUUCCCUGUGCUCCCGUCGUGGAAGUUAAAAUCAAAAGGCCGGAUACGAAAUAUCAAUUGGGUUUCAGCGUACAAAAUGGAGUUAUUUGCAGUUUAUUGCGGGGAGGAAUCGCAGAAAGGGGAGGAGUCAGGGUCGGACACAGGAUUAUAGAAAUAAAUAAUCAAAGCGUCGUUGCAGUGCCACAUGAAAAAAUUGUGAACCUUUUGGCGACUUCGGUGGGCGAGAUUUUAAUGAAAACUAUGCCCACGUCGAUGUUCAGACUGUUGACGGGACAAGAAACGCCGUUAUACAUUUAA